AAGAUAAGUGCAUGUACUUCCGUUUGCAUCAUAAGUUGCGGAUAAAAUCAACAGUCGCCUCAUUUUGAUGUAGUUUUACUUCAGAGAAAACAGGUUUUUUUCCUUAUUUUAAGGAACACAAUUUUUAAAGAUUUGAUCAGGAUUUUGAAGCAGAGCUAACAUGAACUCCCCUGGACUUUUUGACGCCUUCCGGUCCAAUGGCGGUCCGACCUACUACGAGUCCUUCAAAACGCCUUGGAUGGCGGACAUCUUGGAUGCUGGAUUAAUUUAUGCAUUUCUUAGUUUAGGUUUUUCUUUCUUUAUCAUCCUUCCUGGGAUUCGUGGGAAAGAGAGAAUAUAUACGUUCAUUCGCAUAGCAUUGACGCUUUAUAUUGGAGGGGUCAUAGUAUUAUGUAACUUCAGCACCGAAUGGGAGGUUGCAGAAGCCACCAAUGUAAGAACAAAAUACAAGGCUGGCUCAUCAGGGGAGAUUACUGCCGAUAUCGGGGUCCACAUUGGUUUUAGGGGCAUCAACAUCACACUCAAAGCGGAAGGAGAAAAUCGGGGACCUUUCAAUGAGACAAUUAACUACAACGAAAACUUUGACUGGCGAUGGGAGCAGGGAAGAUUUGGUUUUGGAAUAUUUGCGGGUCGAUUUAACCAGGAGUUUCGAGCCCGUCAAUUUCGAGGAACUCCUUUUCCGAUCAUCUGGAUUGCUGAGUACUUUGUAUUUGACGGGGAGGGGGUCAGAUGGGGGCGACAUUACAGACAGGCAGGGUGGUACGCCCACAUCCUAAUGUGGCUAGCGCUCCCUCUAUGGAUCAUUACAGUCAUCCUAUUCUUUAUCCUGUUGAAAUAUGGCGCCUAUAUGCUGAUGCUGACGGGAGGACUUAUGGUGUCAGCCAAUAUCACGUGGGCCACCAAUCGGAACCCCUUUGAGUUGAUGAUUCCGUUCAGUGCUGAGCACAGACUGGAGUUCCACUACGGACCUUGUUUUUACGUUAAUCUUUUUACAGGAAUAUUGUGUAUUGUUUUGGGUGCGGUGAUCUGGAUUCUGGAUCUUCGAUAUCCAGUAGCUAUAACAAACUUCUUUGGAGUCGAUCCCUUGCAAGCUGAAUCAUUCAUUGAAGGAGAAACAUUCGAGCCAAUCAAAGUACAGAAGCAGAAUGACGACAUGGAACUGAAACGUAUGGAAAAUGGAGAAGCACAGAAUGCUUCCACCGGGGAAUCAUCAUAUGCUUCUAAUCCAGACGAAGAUGAAGACGACGAUGAUGAAAUAUACGAAACUGCGGUAUUCCAACCAAAGCCCCCUAAGGAAUCUCAUUUUGAAAAGCGAAGAUCACGUGGUCUGACACAACGUCUGCAGAAACCAAGACGAAGAGCGCCCCCGCCUAUUCCAGAACAACAGGUGGAAAUGGAUGAUCUAUAUCAAAACAAAAGAGACGACCAGACCCAGUUUGUGAAGAGUUAUCGUACUUAGAACUGCCAACAAGUCAACAAUAAGACAGGGUCUUACCAUACAACAAGAAUGGAACGACAUUUUUAUGAAUUUUUUAAAUUGAUAAUUGUCUUAAUAAAGCUGGUACAGGAAUAAAUAUCAAAUGGCUUUAAAUAUAUGCUCUCCUUUUAAUACAUCCUGUGUGAGGGAAAUGAAAUGCUGUUAUUUUAUUGAAAUUAUAAGCAAAGAAACUCUACAUAUUUUGAGGUUAAUAGAGUCAUUCAACGGAUAAUAAAACAGUGACACAAACUCUACGAUUCGAAGAUGAUACUUUUUUCUGUGUUUUUAAUUUCGUAAAAAAAGCAUGUUAUAAUUAAAAAAAUACAAUAUUAUAAA